AUGACAUAUAACUUACCGUUCACCUAUUUAAAAAUGGCUCCAUGGACCACCGCUUCCAAGAAGACGUCCCCACCAAAACUUACUACGUUUUUCAAGAAAACAAGUAUUAAAAAUGGAAUCACAAGCAAACCAUCAACAUCACAUAAUCUUGAUGCCGUCUGCUGCAAGGAGCUCCUCCAAUCUUUGCGGUACAAUGCCAGCAACAUCAUCUGCGAUGGAGACGUCGAAGAAUGCCGGAUCCAUCCAAACAGCUCUUACUUCGGUGGAAUUUCGGAGGACGAGGAACGAAGCUUCUGCCAAAAAUGUUUCAAAAAAGAACUACAUGCGAAGAAUAUAAAAAUGGAUGAUUUUCAUGAGAUGAUCAACGAGAAUGAGGCAUCAGAAGACGUACUGAAAUGCAUCAGAUGCCACGACAAAUGGCAUCGCUGUUGCUCAUUCCAUUUGGGAUCUCCUGAAAGCUUUGUGUGUAAGAAACAUGGAAAAGGACAUGUUAAGAAAAUAAUUGGAAUCAAGGAGUUCGAAAAGGGAUCGAAGCACAUGGAGGUUAGACUUAAUACCUUCCUGAAGAGGAGAAUUGGGGUAAAGGAGGCGUUGAAGUCCCCAAUUAAAGUGAUCUCGUUCACUGCUGAAAGAGAAGCCGCUAUCAAAGAGCACAUUGGAAUGGUCCCACAGUAUUACCAUGAAAAACUAGUCGCUAAGUUUGGAACUCAUAUCGAUUACGCAACCAGAGCGACAUACGUCUUUCAACGUCAGGAAGGCGUGGACCAGUUAUUCUUCGUCAUGUUUACCGAGACCUGCUGGAACCACGGAAAAGAUGGAAAAUCGUGGUUUGUGAUCGACUAUCUCGAUUCGGUCGCACACUUCCAACCAGCACAUCUGAAAACAAAAGUGUACAUGGAAGUGAUUCAUAGCUACAUGGAUUACAUGAGGAGGAUCGGGUACUUCUACGGACACUUGUAUGCGAAUCCUCCUCUCCAAGGGGACUAUUAUAUUUUCAAUGUGCACCCGGAGUGGCAGAAGUAUCCAACAAAAAGGAGACUUCAAAAAUGGUACCAUGACAUGUUCAAAGCAGGAAAGGACGCAGGGAUCAUAAAAAGCUCCCGGGACUUCAAUGCCCAUAAAAUAAAGUCGGCUGCCGAUCUUCCAGUGUUUGUUGAUGGCCUUUGGGCCAAUUUGAUGAAGCAGGAGGAUACCGUGGAUAAAGAGGAGUUUGAGGAAGCGAUGGCGUAUCAUUUCAAGCAACAUGGGAGCGACAACUUUUUCAUUGAACUGGAGCAGCCUAAAGGCGGAGUCAAAAAGCAUGACAUCUACUUGUAUGCCCAUCCAAUUCUUGAGAAUCGUCACUUGUUCCUCCAAGAAUGCCAGAAAAACAAUUGGGAGUUCGGAACGCGUCGACGAGCCAGAUUCGCUUCAGCUGGAGUGAUCAGUCUGUUAAAAAGUUAUCUUUCGGAUGAUUGUGACAUGGAUUAUUAA